GCCAGAGUGUGGGUGUGUCUCUUUGAGGGCGUGGGCGGCGCGCCCGCCACUGCGUGGACGUUCCUGCCCGCCACUGCGUGGACGUUCCUGCCCAGGCGCGCGUGGGUUUGCGCGUCCACGAUGGCGUGGGCGUCUGCGCGGGUGCUUGCGUGGGCGGUGGGCUCGCGCCUGCGUGGGUUCUCGGCCCGCGACGGCUUGGGGUUUGCGCCCUUUCGCCUCUGUGGCUCUUGGGGCUUGUGCGCCCGAGUGUGAAGUGGGCGCCGCGUGUGAGGCGAGCCGUGUGUGCCUGUGUGUGAGGGAGCUAUGUCGGGACCGCGGCUGUGUAUCGCUGCGUGACCCACGCGAAGGAAACAAUGGAGCCAGUGGGAAGCGGGGAGUGGGUGUGUGACGCUGGCUGUGAAGAUUUGUGUUGCUGGAGUGUGUGCGUGUGUCAGUGUCAGGCUGAUGUGGGCGUUUAUUGUAGCCUUGGGUUACUGUGUGACUUGCCUGGGCGUCUGUCUGCCGCUUAGCGUCAGUGGCUUUGCGGUUAUGAGUGUGUGACUGCCAUUCUGGUGUAUAAUCUCACUGUAACCAUGGAAAUGGAGGCCCACAGGGGAAGAAUUCUGAGCGGCUCUAAGGUGUGAUGGGCUGCCCUGGAAAUCUGUGGAACUGUUUAAUUGUGCAUGAGUUUCCUCCUUGGUAAAAUAGCAUAUUAAUAGCACCUGCCUGGGUGUUAUUGGGAAGAUUAAACGGGAUGAUGUAGCUCAAACACCCUGCACAGAGCUUGUCACAUACUAAUCACCGUGUUUAGGUCUUGGUUAUGGUGCUGGUGGUCGUUUUUCUUUGACCCUAUACAGAGGCAGAGGUAGUAGUGAAUACUGGAGGAGUUUGCAUCUCUGAACUUGGGACUGGGCGAUCUUUGUCCACAUAACAGGGCAUCUGACCAUCUCCAGUUGAGCAGUGGUGCGCUGCCCCCGCCAACCACCUGCGUCGUCCGUUUUCUGCAUGUGUGCAUUUGAGUGGAGGACAGAGCCCUCCACUGACGCUAAGUAUGGUUGUGUCCCCUUCCUACCAGGGUAGCUUGGAAAAUUAAGAGCAUGGACUGUGGCGCCCCGCUGUCUGGUGUUGACUCCUGCUUUCACCAGUGGCUAGCUUGUGUGACUGGGAGAGCUUACUUAAGUCUACCACUCCUCGGUUCACCUGUAAAACAGUAGUAAUAACAGAACCAACCUCAGGCUUAUGGUGAGCAUAAGUAGAACUUGGCACAAGGAAGUGCCACAUAAAUGGUCACCGUUUUAUUAUUAGCAUAAUAACCGCAGGCGUCCCACACCUGGAAAAUAAAAUCCAGAGGUAGAAAUGCAAAAGGAUGAGCCCCAGAGUAAAGGUUUCAGGUCCAGAGGUAAAAUAACUUGGACGUCCAGAUCAGGGCUUAGGUUCAGAAUUGUGUAGGCAGGGUCCUGGGAGGGCAGCAUUAGGGUAGAGGAGGUGGGGUCAGGAACAAAGGAUCUUCCUGAUGGAGAUGUCCCUAGGGAGCCCAUGGGGUCAAGAACAGAACUUUGAAGUGUCAGGGACUAAGGGAUGUUUCCAUAUAACACAUGGGUCUGGAAAUGUUUCUGUCCAGACCAGUGUUUCACAGCCUUGGCACUAUGACAUUUGGGGCCAGAUAGUUUUUUGUUGGGAGGUGGAAGGGGGUGCUAUUCUAUGUAUUAUAGGAUGUUGUGCAGCAGCCCUGGGCUCUAUUUACCAGGCCAGUAGCACACCGCACCUCCCUCCGGGUUGUGACAAGCAAAAAAAAAAUGUCUCCAGACACUGUCAGAUGUCCCCUGCAUGGGCAAAAUCACUCUGAUUGAGAGGACCGUGAUGCAAACGCAUGGACAGACCCAAGGCAUGAUGAUAGGGAAAAGAGUAAGGGAGCUGGGGAGGUGGGGAGCGAAGAGAUGAUAAAGAGAUAGUAUUCUGAGAUGAGAAGAAAGGGCCUGCAGCCCGGGUAAGCUCCGAGAUGCAUUCAUUCAUUCAGCCAGUGAGUGCCUCCCGUGGAUUGGGCACUGUGCUAGUCUCUCAACAAAACAGGCAAGGUUUUUACUCAGCUGGAACUUGCAUUUAGUAGGAGAGACAAAAAUAAUGUCUAUAAUAGGUGCUGAUGGGUAUUUUGAAAAGUAAAGCAGGGUAAAGGGAUUACAGGGUGUUGGCAGGUGUUCUUUUCAGAGUCAACAUCCAGGUCUCCCAUGGGCAUCUUGGUCAACUCCAGAGCCAGGAAUGGCCACCAGCAGUGACCCUUUGGAAUUCCUUGAUUAGGGAAUCUUAAGAGUUUGACUUUGAUCUUACCAAAGACUUUUCUCUUCACUGAGGUCUUGACUUCAACAGAAACAGGUUCCAGCCGUCCUAACCUCAGGAGGACGUAGCUUUGUGCCUUUCAAGGUCUUUUCUCAUCUAUCAUCAGGGACUCAGAAGACGAGCCAGGUUUACAGCCCUGCCUUGAUGCGUAGUGCCGAGUUCCUUGAAGAAAAUUAUUUUAUGGACAAUGUAUGAGUCUGUUUUCACGCUGCUGAUAAAGACAUACCCAGACUCACAGUUCCACGUGGCUGGGGAGGCCUCACAAUCGUGAUGGAAGGUGAAAGGCACGUCUUACAUGGCUGCAGGGAGAAUGAGAGAAUGAGAGCCAAGUGAGAAGGGUUUCCCCGUACAGAACCAUCAGAUCACAUGAGACUUACUCACUGCCAUGAGAACAGCAUGAGGGAAACUGCUCCCAUGAUUCAGUUAUCUCCCACCGGGUCCCUCCCACAACACGUGGAAAUUAUGGGAGCUAUAAUUCAAGAUGAGAUUUGAGUGGGGACACAGCCAGACCAUAUCAGACAAGAAUCAUCUUCUCAAAUUUGGGGUGCAUGGCUGAGUGCACACACCUGUGAAAACUGCGGGAUGAAUGCAUUACAACUUCCUGGAACAAGUCAUUUUACCUAUGUAUUUGGAAGGGGAAAGCCAAGUGAUCUGCUUAUCUGGUAAAUCAUUUAAAACAUGAUUUUUACAUUAACACAAACCCAGAUUUAUUAUGAAGUAAUAUGCACAAAUGAACAUGUUUCAAAACAAGAAAUCAAAAGAGUUUUCUGUUAUCGGCAGCUGCUUUCGGAUAUAUCUCAAACCAUAGAAAUAGGCAUUAGCCCUCCUGUACUCUUCAGGGAUUUCUGCCCAAAGUUUAAGAAUUCCCAGGCAAAGAAUAGGGCUUUGUCCUCAAAGGCUCUGCAGCAGCCUUUGGUGUGGUGGAGCUGGCUCACCCAAGCCAUUCAGCCCCAUGCCAAGUGACAUCACUUCAAUAGCUUACAACCUGCUGUGGUGGGAGUGUGUAUUAGUCUGUUCUCACACUGCUAUAAAGAAAUACCCGAGACUGGUAAUUUUUAAAGAAAAGUUUAAUUGGCCCACGGUUCUUCAAGUUGUAUGGGAAGCAUAGCAGCUUCAGGGAGGCAUCAGGAAACUUUUACUCAUGGCGGAAGGCAAAGUGGGAGGAGGUGUCUUACAUGGUGGGAGCAGGAGAAAGAGGCAGGGGGGUGGUGCUACACACUUCUAAACAACUACAUGUCGUGAGAACUCUAUCAUGAGAACAGCACCAAAAGGAUGGUGCUCAACUGUUCACAAAGGAUCCACCCCCAAGAUCCAGUCACCUCCCACCAGGUCCCACUUCCAACAUUGGGGAUUACAAUUAAACAUGGGAUUUGGAUGGGGACACAGAUCCAAACCAUAUCAGCGUAUUUACUCCAUGGAAGUUGUAACACUAUAAAUCACCCCUGCAGUAAGCUGCUUGUUAAACAUUCCCCAGCACACCAUUGUCCUAGGGUCUAACACAGCCCAGAAUUCUGGUGUCCAGGAUUCAGGGCAGGCCUCUUGGUCCCCAUCUCUGUACGAAGGAAACCUCGCUCAGAAAAGUCAGAAUCGAAGGCCAGUCUGCUCAGUUCGUCACCGAACCCUUGCUCCUCAGUCUUAACAUGAUAUGCUCAAAUUUUCCCCAACUCCUGUGGCCACUCUACUAUGACAUAAACAUACAUAUGGGGAUGUUUUCAGGAAGCAUUUCACCACACUGAUGCCUCCCGUACCCUGCCAGGGUGGAUAGUGGACUCCUGCCCUGUGUGAGGAGUGCAGAGUGUGCGGCUUGUGGAUAGGGCCUCAAAUCCAGGCUCCAUCAGUUAAAGCUCUGCGACAACAGGCGGGUCAUCGUCCCUCUCUCAUCCCCGCGAUGGAAAAUAAGGACCCUGGGUGGUUGAUUUGCCAUUAAAGGUUAAAGGAGAUGGUGUAAUGCAUAUAAAGGAUCCAGCACAGCUUUCAUUCUCAUCAUUAUUAACUGAGGAGGUGAUGUUGCUGCCCAGGCAUGGAGCACAUUCAACACACACACCUGAGCACGUGCAUAGAGCGUGUGGGCUAAGGACGGUCAACGCGACCUUUUCCCAAACUCACAUCCCACAGAACUGGCCCCACCUGGCUCUUGUAACCUCAACAGCAAUGAUGGUAAAUACAGUUUACCUUAAUGGAGCACUGACUGAUAUGAUCUCAUCUCAUCCUCCAACAGCCCUUUGUCCUCCCUUUGCAGAUGUAAAGGAGGGAGGUAAAGACCCAGCAAGGUUCAGUAACUUGCCCAAGGUCGCACAGCAGCUGCACACAUGAGAACAUUGGUCAAUGCAUUGUCCGGUGGAGGACAAGAGGUAAAGCCAGAAGGCAAAUGUGCUCACAAUGGAAUGUGUUUCCGCUGUGAAGAAGUGGCACCUGAUACAUGUGAAGGAUACCCCUACCCCGGUUUAGUGGGUGAGGGAAGGCUGCUUGCAAAAGUCCUUGCCUUACCAGCUCUCUGCCCCUCUCUGAGUGUGGACCCUAAAGGGGGAGGAAAGGAUGCCUUCUGCACGGGGGAAAUCCAAAUCCAAGGCACCUGUAACAUUUGGGGACUUAGCCAUCUACUUCUCCCAGGAGGAGUGGGAAUGGCUGAGCCCCAUUCAGAAGGAUUUGUAUGAAGAUGUCAUGUUGGAGAAUUACCGGAACCUGGUCUCGCUUGGUCUUUCCUUUCGGAGACCAAAUGUGAUCACCUUAUUGGAGAAAGGGAAAGCGCCCUGGAUGGUAGAGCCAGUAAGAAGACGCCGGGCUCCUGACUCGGGGUCUAAGUGUGAGACCAAGAAGCUACCUCCAAAUCAAUGCAACAAAUCUGGGCAAAGCAUCUGCCAGAAACUAGUUUCUGCACAACAGAAAGCUCCUACACGAAAGAGUGGCUGCAACAAAAAUUCAGUCCUAAUAAAACCUAAGAAAGGGCAUUCAGGGAAGAAACCUUUAAAAUGUAAUGACUGUGGUAAAACCUUUAGUCGAAGCUUCUCUCUUAAACUUCAUCAGAACAUUCAUACGGGAGAGAAGCCUUUUGAAUGCAGUAAUUGUAGAAAAGCUUUCAGACAGAUCUCAUCCCUACUACUUCAUCAGAGAAUUCACAGUGGAAAGAAAAGCCAUGAAUGCAAUAAAUGUGGGGAAAGCUUCAAUCAAAGAACAACCCUUAUUCUACAUAGGAGAAUUCAUGAUGGAAAGGAAAUUCUUGACUGUGGGAAGGCCUUGAGUCAAUGUCAGUCUUUCAAUAUACAUCAGAAAAUUCACGUUGUUGGGAAUGUCUGCCAGUGCAGAAAGUGCGGGAAAGCCUUCAGUCAGAUGUCAUCCCUUUUACUUCAUAAGAAAAUUCACAAUGGAAAGAAAACACAUAAAUAUAAUAAAUGUGGGAGAGGCUUCAAAAAGAAAUCAGUCUUUGUUGUACAUAAAAGAAUUCAUGCUGGAGAGAAAAUCCCUGAAAAUGCGAAGGCCUUAAGUCAGAGUCUACAGCAAAGAAGUCACCAUUUAGAGAAUCCUUAUAAAUGCAGAAAAUGUGGGAAAUUAUUUAAUAGGAUUUCACCCCUGAUGCUUCACCAGAGAAUUCACACUUCAGAGAAACCGUACAAAUGUGAUAAAUGUGACAAGCUCUUCAGGCGGCUUUCAACCCUUAUUCUGCAUCUUAGAAUUCAUAAUGGAGAAAAACUAUACAGAUGCAAUAAAUGUGAGAAGGUCUGCAAUCGGCAUUCAUCCCUUAUUCAACAUCAGAAAGUUCAUACAAAGAAAAAGAAACUAUUUGAGUGUAAGGAAUGUGGGAAGAUGUUUUCUGGAACUGCAAACCUUAAAAUACAUCAGAAUAUUCAUUCUGAAGAGAAACCUUUCAAAUGCAAUAAAUGUAGUAAAGUUUUCGGCCGCCAAUCAUUUCUUAUUGAACAUCAAAGAAUUCAUACUGGAGAAAAACCCUACCAGUGUGAGGAAUGUGGAAAAGCCUUCAGCCACCGAAUAUCUCUCACGCGACAUAAGAGAAUUCAUACUGAAGAUAGACCCUAUGAAUGUGAUCAGUGUGGGAAGGCCUUCAGUCAGAGUGCACACCUUGCCCAACAUGAAAGAAUUCACACUGGAGAGAAGCCAUAUACAUGCAAAACAUGUGGUAAGGCCUUUAGUCAGCGCACAUCUCUUAUUCUACAUGAAAGAAGUCAUACUGGAGAGAAACCCUAUGAAUGUAAUGAAUGUGGGAAGGCAUUUAGCAGUGGCUCAGACCUUAUUCGACAUCAGAGAAGUCAUUCUUCAGAGAAACCCUAUGAAUGUAGUAAAUGUGGGAAGGCAUAUAGUCGGAGCUCAUCCCUGAUUCGACAUCAGAAUACACAUUCUGAAGAAAAAGCCUAAGGUUGUUUCAAGUCUAUAAAAUCAACGAAUGAGGCUAUCAAAGAUAUGGCAAAUAUGUAUUUGUCUAUAAUGUAAAUUUUGCGUAUAUGGGACCAUUUGAUGAUAUGUCCCACUUUGAAAGCCAAAGAGCAAAAGUCAUUGGUGAUUUUGACCUCAGGAUUUGAAAUUAACUGGAGGAAACUCAGAAGUUUGGUCAGUCAUUGUGAAUGAAGAUCAUUUUUCAUUUGAUAAGAAUUACUGGCUGGGCGCAGUGGCUUACACCUGUAACCCCAGAACUUUGGGAGGCUGAGACGGGCGGAUCACGAGGUCAAGAGUUUGAGACCACGGUGAAACCUCGUCUCUACUAAAAAAUACAAAAUUAGCUGGGCGUGGUGGGUGUGCACCUGUAAUCUCAGCUCUGGAGAGGCUGAGGCAGGAGAAUCGCUUGAACCCAGGAGGUGGAGGUUGCACUGAGCAGAGAUUGCGCCACUGCACUCCAGUCUGGGCAACAGAGCAAGACUGUGUCAAAAAAAAAAAAAAAGAAUUACUGAUAUUUUACUUCUAGCAUAGUUUUAAUGAUAAUUUAUUGGUCACAUACAACAAAAUAGAAUUGUGAAGUCCAUUAUAGGGCUCUGAGCCUGAUUUAAGGUCACAGAAGAAAGAAUUUGAGUCUGUUUCGCAGAUCUAGAAUUAUCAAAUAUAAGGAACUUCUCAGCAAAACAGGGUGCCACUUUCAGCUGACAAACUUGUGGGUGAGAAUAAAGAAAAGUGAGUCUUUAGGUAGAUAAAGUUGUCAUUCAUAACGGUGUGUAACAGUAGAAACCUUACUGUACCAUCUCCAUGGUUAUGAGGAUGUAUGAUCUUCAUGGUGUGAAUGUCUAAUAUGGCUGAGACAAGCUAUCAGUAAAAGAACCAAGAUAUAGUGAAGAACGAGGAUUUCAGAGCCAGGAGAAAUCAGUAUUGUUUUAUUUGGAAAUAAAUCAUCUAUAUUUAUAUGAGUAAACAUUGGUAUUUUCAUGUAACAAUACUGGUAUGCAAUAAGUGGUGUAAUAUGAGUUGUUAUGGACUGAAUGUUUGUGUCCCCACCCCCAAAAUUAAUUAUGUUAAAAUCCUCAACAUCAGUGUGAUGUUACUUGGAAAUGAGGCAUUUGGGAGGCAAUUAGGAUUAGAUGAGGUCAUGAGGGUGGAGCCCUCAUGAUGGGAUUUGUGCCUUUAUAAGAAGAGACAUCAGGCUGGGCACGGUGGCUCACGCCUGUAGUCCCAGCACUUUGGGAGGCCAAGGCGAGUGGAUCAUGAGGUCAGGAGAUUGAGACAAUCCUGGCUAACACGGUGAAACCCCGUCUCCACUGAAAAAAAAAAUACAAAAAAUUAGCCGGGCACACUGGCAUGUGCCUGUAGUCCCAGCUACUCAGGAGGUGGAAGGAGAAGAAUCGCUUGAACCCAGGAGGCGGAGGUUGCAGUGAGCCAAGAUCACGCCACUGUACUCCAGCCUGGGCGACAGAGCGAGACUACAUCUCAAAAAAAAAGAGAGACAUCAGAAAGCCUGCUUGCUGUCUGCACCAUGUGAGGAUGCAGCAAGAAGCCAGCUGUCUACAGGACAGGAAGAGAACCCUACGAGAACCUAAUCAUGCUGGUGGCCUGUUGUCAGACUUCCAGACUUCAGAACUGUGAGAAGUAAAUUGUUGUUUAAGCCACCCAGUCUAUGAUGUUUUGUUAUGGCAGCCCCAGCUAAUAUAUGGAGUGGAAACCCUAGAUUUAUAUACUGGGUUCUUUUCCUGUCAGCAGUUCAACAUGUGUAGUAGCUUUCAGUCUCUGCUGUUUGUGCCAAAUAUAAAAGAAAUAAAAUCAGAUAACUUUUUUGUAAUUGGAUCAUAUACAGUUGGGCUCUUCUGUUUAAGUUUUCCUUCUGUAAAAGUUAUUUUUGAGAAUACCUAAAGUUUAAGAUGACUUUGUGGAAUGUGUGGAAUGUAUAUGGGUUAGGUCAUCCUAACUUUGACCACAAUUGAUAAACUAGCAAUCCAAAUUGUGAGGGGUGAGCAUGCAUACAGGACAGUACAACUAACUUCCCAUUUAAACUUGUUCUUCCGUAUUUGUAAAGCAAGCAUAAAAAUCCACCCCUUGGAGCAAAUGGGUGAGCAAACAGCACAGAGGUAACUCAUGGAGAGGCAGGUCUUUUUUCCCCCCUCUUUUCUACACACACACCCUCUAGCUUGUUAAUUCCUCUGCCAAUCUGCUAUACAAAUACAUGUCAGUCCCAAAUGAAUUGUGACACACCUGAAGACUGGGGAGAAACAAGAGGAUGCCCUGCCCACAGUCACCUAAUUUCCUCAGGCUUAUCUCAUUGCCUAUUGCAUUUCUUGCUCCUCUUGGGGAUUUCAAGAGAGCAUUAGAAUGGCAAUACAUGAUAAAGUUAAACUUAACUUGGAAUUACUUAUGAGAAUUGCAUAUCCUCACUGCUUUAUUUCUGGCCUAGUCAAAAAUCCUCUUUUCAUCUAGUUUUGUCUAUUCUCUCCUAUUCUUAAGCUCUUAAAGGCA